AGCGAGUGCUGGAUUCAGCAGAUUUUACCCACGGACAAGGUCGAGAUGAAUCAUCCAAAGCUGACACAAUCAGAGGCUUGACUGGUCUUGACAACCCACUGUGCCCUCAAACCAUUUCUGAGGCCUGAUUCAGAGACCUUUUCAUCCGCCUCCAGAAGUCAUCUACCUGGGACUCCUGUAGCGAAUCCCGCUCCUUGUCCAGAAAUGAGUUCAUCGAUCUUGCCUGGAUGGCAGUCGGCCGUGGAUCCAGGGAAGAAUAUGGUCUUCUGUUUGACAGUGCGGUUGCCUCUCAGGAGCCUCGAAAGCUCCUGGAAAGUGAUGGUGUGAAGGAAUGUGGGUGUGUCAGCUGGAGAGGGUUGAGCUCCUUUCUGCUCCUGAAGCUUUCUGAUAAACUACACAACAGCAGAGCCAUUUGUGCUCCUUGCUGGAAGCCGACGUUAACUCUGACUUGUCCUCAUCGGGGACCUGUUCAGAAGGUGUUGUACAUCCAGAGCUCAGGUCAGUACCUGACUGUGAGCAAAGCAGGAACAGUGGUGCUGCGGGACAAAGGAGACAUGUCCAUUCAACAAAAGCACCGCUUGCAGAACAACACGGUCACACCCAGAGACCUCUGGGUAACAGACAUGGUGCUCCUACCGAGCAUGCACAAGAUUGCUGUCUCAUUCACGUGUAAAGAGGUAUGUUUUUACGACAUACAGGACUUCAGCUGCAAAUAUAAAUUGAAGGGAUUGACAUUUGCCCCGUGGUGUCUGGACUUCUGGAUGGGUUCGUCUCAUUCUGACCAAGCUGUGCUCACCAUAGGAGAUAUUGGGGGAAAGGUCAGUGCUUUGAAUUUUACUUUCGCCCAGAUCUGUCUGUUUGACAGCCUCUGUGUGAGGAUGGAUUCUGACAGUGGUGCACCGACAGUCCUGUGGGAUGAGCUGGUCAAAGGCAAACACUGCUGCUGCUAUGUGGAGAUGCACCAAGCUCACUCUCCUGCAUGGGUCAGAAAAGUGCGCUUCCUGGCUUCACUUGAAGCCUUUCUGUCCUGCAGCACCAGACCAGAUAGCAGCAUGGUGAUUGGCUGGAGGGAAAAGGAUGGCAGGGGCCUGCGAGUCUCUUCUUUUGCAACAAAGAGUGGUGUGUUGGACGUGAAUUACAACAGUGGACUUGGUCUGAUAGCUACAGCAGGUGUGGAUCACAAUGUCCUUCUGUGGAACCCCUAUGUGACCUCUAAGCCAGUGUGUGCACUGAUCGGACACUCAAGCCCUGUCACAACAGUUCAGUUCAUGCAAACAAAAGGACAGCUGAUCACCUACUCCAAAGACAAGGUGCUGUGCUUUUGGGAGGUGUCCAGUCAAGUAUGUGUUCGCCGUCUGGCUGGUGUCUUUCCUAAGACACAAAAGGACCCUCACACAAUCCUGUCUCUACAAGAGGAGCUUAACCAACUUCUGCUCACAUUCAACAGCCAAUUACUCCUGCUGGAGACAAUAGAGGACGGGAGGACCAGCAACAAUCAACACCCUGUUACCUAAGUGCUUUUAAGGAAAUGUUAAACUGUUUUCUCUUGUUUUUAUUGAAUGAUUCUUCCUUUCAUUUUCAUUUAAACUGAAAUUUCUAACCAGGAAUCUCUGUGAUUCCUAAGAUAAAUCUUCUCCGGUGGCCCAUUAUUCUUUGUGAGAUACUUAACAAUAACUUAUACCAAAAUGAGGCAGAAUGAGAUGCUAAACUAACUAUCCAUUUUUUUUCCCAAGACGAUUUAUUAAAAAGUCUAUUUUUUUAUGCUUAUUAUUCUGCUGCCUUAUUGACACUUUUUCCAGUGUAAACCUUUACUCACCAAAGGCAGACUUUGCUAGCAUAUGAUUAUACGUUUUUAGUUGUUUUUAUUCAAAGCAAACCUGUACAUUUAUUUUUGUCCUGAUUUUAUAUUUCUGUCAGCAGCAAGUAUUUUAAUUUAAAGCAAAACAAUAUUCUAGAAAUAUUUCCAAUAUUUUUGUUUCCUCAGAUGGAGAAAACUGUUUCAAAAUAAUCUGUGCCUAGUGUAGAAUGUUAGUUUUUUACUAGUCUACAUCAUGCUGAUUUUUUUUGUUGUUGUUUUUCUUAAGCCAAGCUGGCUGCAUCAUAAAAUAAAUGAAUAAUAAUAGAAUAAAUAAAACAAGGUUUGGAUAAAAGGGUUACAAAGCUUUAUUUAAGGAUGUUUGAGUCUAGAACAAUAUGUCAGGUUUGACCACUUCAGCUGGACAUUACUUUGAUGAGAAAUGUAGCUCAUCCCAAAGGACAAAUAAACAGACAGGCUGCUUGAAAAUAAUACUCUGUAACUUAGUAACAAAAAAUUACCGGAACAA